CUUGCGGUGGCCGUAUCGCUAUAACCUUUGACCGAUCUUUGGAAUCAAGUACAGAUCCACUCCCUACUCCUACCAAUCUUACCAUACGAUGUUCACUACAUCAGUCUGGCCGCGGCUGUCGAGCGCGGAGGUCGCACUGUACUUACGUCACGAUAGUCCUAUACAUCGCAACUGCUGAAAAUUCUUUUAACUUUUCCGUAUUACUGAGUGUUGUGUGUGACAAUGGAAUUGUGUGUGAACUCUUAAUGAUGUUUGAAUGAGUUUGUUCUAGUUUAAACCUUAUUUUGUGCAAGUGCUGGGUGGAUUUUAAUCUUGGCCGGCUUUUUGUUUGUGUUCCGGUCCAUGGACCUUUUUGCGCAGCAGGCUACAUAAAAUACAUACGAGCACACAGAGCUGAUUGAACAAUUAAAACAUGAACGCGACAUUCACCCUUCUUUGCGUGUACUUCUACGCGCUCCUGUCCAGCGGCAACACUUCAGACGAUGAUGACCGCCGCUGGCUGUCGUCGCUCAUCGCCCUGGUAGAGAUGGACUACGAAGACCACUGCGACCAGAGGGCCACGGCUUCUUGGAAUGAGCUUGUAGGCUCCCCGAAAGGACUAGCGCAAAAGCUGGGACGCGACAAAAGCUACGGGAUCUUCGCCCGCGCUCAGACCACCGACGUACGCAUAGCGCUCAAGGCGCAUGCGCUCAGCGACGACGAGCUGCUCAAGCGCAAGGUGAAGCUGCUACUACAGCCGGGCGACUUGCUGCUGCCCACCGAACAGUGGAUCCGGCUGGUCACGUUUGCAGACACCUCGGAGAACGCUCUGCGAUUUGCAACAGACUAUGAUUGUGGAACAACUAUAAAUUGUACACUGAGAGAACUGCACAAUAGCCUGGCUAAGCAGCAGGAUGAAGAAACAUUGCGCCACAUGAAGGAGUCAUGGGAGAAGAAACUUCCGGAUCUAAACGAAUACCUUGAGAAAAUAUUACCGUUGCUGAAAAACACGUCCAAAGAAAAUGAAUUUAACACAGUGGAAGAGUACUGGGACUCCCUCGCUGAAUACGAAGGUGCAAUACUGAAGGCUCGAGAAUUGUGGGACCGCAUCAGGCCACUCUACGAGAAGUUGCACAAAUAUGUCGCUCUCAGGUUGAAAGGCACGGAGGCUGUCGGGAAGCCACUGCCCGUUUAUUUGUUAGGAUCACUGUCCGGAGACGAUUGGUCAAAUGUUAUAGAGAACCUACUACCUAAGCAUGCAGAUAUUUAUCAAAAAUUGUACGCUAAUCUACAGUUAAAGAAUUUAGGUGGUGUUAAUGCAUUUGAAGAAGCCACCAAAUUGCUAACCGAGAUAAAUAUGCCUCAAAUUGAGCCAUACACUUGGGACAAAUCAAUAUUCAAUAGCAGCUGUCCACCCGAGCUGGUGGAUUGGUGUAAGCCUAAUAAGCUAAGGGUAAUCUCGUGCAGCGACGUGUCUAUCGGAAAUUACAUGGAUGCUCACGAGGCUGUCAUGCGAAUAAAGUAUAAAGAUACUGUCGCUUUACAUAGCAACAAUACUUACACACUGAGAAAUGCUAACCGCUAUUCAGCUAUUUACGAAGCUAUACCUGAAUUUGCGUCACUUCUGUCGGUAAAUCCUCACGCCUUGAGUCGAGCCGGAUUAUACUCUAUAGAGAGAUUUAAAUUCAAUCCGAACUAUCAUCGUCUGGUUCUUCAAUUAAUUACUGCUUUGCGAGACCUGCCGAAAUUGAAUUUCUAUAUAGCCGCCGAUGAAUGGAGACUAAAAUAUCUAAAAGAAACAAAAACUCCUACGACAAAAGACGAGACCUGGUCUGACUUUAGAAGAGACUUCUCUUGGUUAGAAACUUCUAAUGUAGAUAUCCUUGGUAACCCAUACGUGCUUCACAACAAGCCAUUUAUUGGAAAAUUUAUGGGCCUCAUUCUUAAAUAUCAAAUAUAUCAAUCCUUUGCCGAAGAACUUAUUUCGGAUGAGUCUGACCUUAUAAAACAUAUUUCUGAGAACAACGAUCGUUUAGUGAUUACAAUGUCUCAAGGUUUGGGAACCAAAUGGCCUGAAAUGGUUAGCGAUUUAUUAGCUAAACGAGAGAACGCGCUCGAAUACACAGGCCUCACUGACUACUACAGGCUAUUAGACGAAUAUUUAGAUAACCAACUAGACCCUCAGCUAGGAGUUAAUGAAUCAGAUGAUUAUAUCGAGCCCUCUGAACCAGAAACGAUAGAAAACGAAAUUCCCACCGAAAUUAAACUACCCGAAGAAAGUGAGACCCAUGAAAACAUCCAAGAAAAUGAAAUUGAUACAGGAGAUGAAAAUAAUAUGAAGUUUGGCGCUGAAACGUCGACUGUCGGUGUGUUAGAAAUAAAGAACCCCGUAGUAUCUGGGGACCAGGAGCAAAAAGAUACAAAUGUAAAAGAAGCUUCAUAUAACGUCUACUGGUGGAUUGGCAUAGCUGUUGCAGUAGCCAUUAUAGUAUUAUUGAUAGCAAUAAUUGCAAGAAAACGGCAAAACCAUCGAAAACAGCUAGACAGACAAAGAAGAGAAAAUACGCAUGCCUGAUUUGAGGAGUAUCGGUUCUAAAUGAAGAACCGAUAUUAUAUCUGUCUACUUAAACUAAUUUUAGUAAUGUGUGCCAAUGCGAUUCAUUUUAAGUGUGUGUUGAGUUAAAAAGUUUAGGGGAUUCGAGUAAAAAUAUUCUAUUUAUUCUGCUUUAGAAAUAUUUACCAAUUAAGUUACUUGCAUUGUGUUUACAACGUUUAUUUAUCAACAAUAUUAUUCAAUCUCAAACGAAUAUUAAUUGGUGCUGUUUAAUUAUGAUUUGAAUUCCAAAAUGCACAUAUGUAAAAAUAAUGCAAAAUUUAUGUGUAUGUAUAACCUACCAAAAUUAUAAUUACGCGCUUACGUUGCACCAAUAUACCAAAUACAUGUAAUGCUCAAAAUAUUAAUAAUGCUGAAAUUCUUUUGUACAAUAAAAUUAUUAUUUAGCUUCAACAGCUAGUUAGGCAAUUAUUUUAAUAAUUUCAUUGAUGCAUUAAGCCUUGUUUAAACUUCAGUGAAAUAAAAGUAAUAAAUAUAAAAAUAUGAUGUCUAGUUAGUAAAAUGAAAAACAAAAAUAUUUUUGUACAUAUCACAUUUUGCAAAAAUUGUCUAAAUGUUACCAAGAGUGUCUAUAUAAUAAUUUGUACAUAAUAGUUAAGUGUAAUUUCGCUGUGCCUUAAGCGUCUCAAUUUCUAAUGAGUACUCUGUGUAGAAUAUAAUAUUUAGUAAGUAUAAUAGAAAUAAAUUUGUAAUUAUUACCUUCGGGGCUCAUAUUUUCACGAACUUUCUGUGACUAAAAAUAUGUGUCAGACCAAUUUGUACUAAAAAUACUUGUUUAAAAAAAACAACGCUGGAUCAAUUCAGUUACCAUAUUUUUAUGAACUUCAGUUUUAUUUAUUAAAUGAUUUAGCUUUAAAAAACAAAUAUUAUGCAUGUCUAGUUGCUUUAUUCUUGUAAGUAUUUAUUUAAAUUCAGACGUAUCCAAAUAGUAAUUUCUUGUUAUCAAACGUAUUCCUUCAACCAGAAAUGUCACUGUUGAGAGCUAACAGAGCAUAUCCGGGUGAAAUGCAAAGAAAUUGUACGUAGUGAAGGACCUGUAAUUAGUCUUGAGUUAAUUGAUUCCAUUGUGUUACGAUAAUUAACCAUGUAAAUUGUAUUGUAUUAUAUUCAUCUGUACUUAUUUUAUACACACAUGAGUUUAUAGCAUAUGCCAACAGAGUUUCCUAAGUGUAACUUAAAUAGACACUGCUCAAUGGUUGUAACACAAAGUCAAUUAAGUUAAUAAGACUAAUUACAGCUCCUCAACUAUGCGAUUUUUUUUUGCAAUUUACCCCUCCAUAACCUUUUGAUAACAAAAAAUACUAUUAUAAUAGUGCCGAUUCACCUUUAUCAAUCUGUUAAGAUUUUUUAUUACUUAUGAUACGACCUUGGUGAUCGCUCACGCUGAUUGGUGUGCCGUGUACAUGACGUGUCAUCAGGUAUCCCGCUCGCACUGGCAGCCGUAUCAUAGUAAGGCAAGAUGCGGUAAGACUGUCACCGGGACAAGACAAACACUUGUAUGGAAUCAUCAUACUGUUUGCCCCGAGCAAAAUAAUCUAUGAUCCUGUUACCCUACCUUACCAUAAUAUGUAUCAAAACUUUAACAAAUGGUUAAAUUUUAAUCGGCCUUCAUUGAAUACGCUCGUUUAUUAUCUGCAGGUAUAAACGUACUUUAAACCAAACAGAGGGGGGAUAUACAGGGUGUCCUUAGCAUUUGAACAAAGCCGAAGCAUACAUAUCGAUUAAGGUAUUUUGAACCAUUACAAUCAAAGUAUCACAACAAUCGACAUAGGAGCUACGACGAAAUUAACAAAUUACGAUUAUCUUUCGUCGCCUCAUGUAUUUAGUUAAUACACCUGAAGUAAUAUAUCUUUAUUGAUGUCAUGAAACCUUCUUUGUAUAUUUAGUUACAAAUAGGAGUUGACAUUAUGACAGCGUCAUAAUAUUUACAAAUAUUACCAAAUGUUAUUUGAUUUAUUUUAUUUAAUAAGACUUCAUAAAAAUGGGAUUGUUACAGUUUAAAAUUACAAUUAUAAUUCCAAAUUCGCAUUAAGAUGAAAGUGGAGGCACAAAAUUGCCUUUUCAUACAAAGGUAGUCCUCAUUUUCCUUUCUGGAUAUAAAUAUUAUAAAAUACUUUGAGAUUUUUUUUUUGUAUAUGAACUACGGCUAUGCAGGGGACGUUUGAUUUUUCUUUUCGAUUUUUAAUAAUUAGAAGAGUUAGAAGCAUUUAAAAAUUUGUAUGAAAACUAAAAGGUACAUAAUUGUUACAAAAAUAAGUAAAUCGAAAAAAAAUGUAGGGCAUAGCUAUGGUUAAUAUACAUCAAAUGAUGUUAAAAUCGUGUCCAUAAUUUCAAUAUCCAGAGAGGAAAAUGGGGACUACGUUUGUGUGCUGAAGCCGCCGUCCCCUUUCCUCUUAAUAAUUUACAGAUUGUGUAAGGUUUUAUGAAAAACAUUGUGUACUUAUGCAACAGAUACACACUGCAAUACCGAUAUAGUGAUGCCAGUAGUGGUGCUUCUAAGUUGUGGCGAUUAAUUGCACAAAGCCACAAGACUGAGCGUUGAUUUUAAGCCUAUAUUUGAAAAAAAGAAAAGUUUAAUUAGAUUAUGAAUGUUUCUUUUAUGUUAGGCAGUAUUAAAAGAUUUCUAACGGCCCGGUUCGAAGAACAAGAUACGAUGACGAUAAGUUCUGGUUUAGAUAAGUUCUCAUUGAUAUCGUUUGUAUGUCGUAUAAUUGACAGAAGCAGCUCGAUUCGGGCAACCAAUGUCGACCAAUGUCAAUGACGACCAGUCUGGCCUAGUCGGUAGUGACCCUGCCUAUGAAGCCGAUGGUCCCGGGUUCAAAUCCUGGUACGAGCAUUUAUUCGUGUGAUGAGCAUGGAUAUUUGUUCCCGAGUCAUGGGUGUUUUCUAUGUAUUUAAGUAUUUAUAAAUAUUUAUAUAUUAUAUAUAUCGUUGUCUAAGUACCCUCAACACAAGCCUUAUUGAGCUUACUGUGGGACUUAGUCAAUUUGUGUCAUAAUGUCCUAUAAUAUUUAUUUAUGUCACUUUGUCGUUUGAAAAUAUCGUAGAUAGAUCUUAUUGGGAUCACAGCGGAAUCGAAAUAAACGCCAACUUUGACAUGACGUUAUCGAUUUUUUAAAGAUUUUUCCAAGAUCUAAAACGUGUUUAAGUUUUGUUUCAUUUCGAAAAUAUGUAUUACAGGUGCUUAGAUGCAUGCUGUCUUUCUACAAACACACAAACAUAUCGCGACGUAUUUCACGUAUUUGGUCUUGUGUGGCAUUAGUGUCACACUGUCAAAGUCUGUCAAUCACUACUUAUUGGAAAUUAUUGGGAUUCAGAAAUCUUUGAAAAUAUUUUUUUUUGUUCAUAUUAUUAAAAACCACAUUAGAGCGUUCCUGAUCCAUAACCAAUAACCCUACGUGAGAUUUAGGGCUUCCUGAAGCUAAGGACACCUUGUAUGAUAAGUAUAAUUUAAGUAAACGACAGUUUAUGUUAUAUUGAUUUAUCCUUGCAAUUAUAAAGUAAAAUGUGCAAAGGAAAUAAUAAAUGUUUAAAACCCAGUAAAAA